GCAGCGCUGGUGGUUUAUUACAGCCUGCUCCAUCCCAAGUCCACAGAGAUCUGGCAGAGCUUCCUGGAGACAACCUGCAGUGCUGCAGCUGCUGGUGAUGACGAGGUUGUUGGAGAUGGCUCCCAAGCAGGGCAGAGUUAUGGAGUUUCGGGAGACGGAGAGUCCUUGGCAGGGGAAGGCACCACGGCAGAUCCCAAAAAUGGGAACAGCUCAUCACUGCUGCGAUUCAGAGGGUCUUUGGAGGACAGCUGGACAAACCAUCACCACUGGCUGCUGGUAAAGCUGGCCUUGAAGACAGGAGAUAUGUCCAUGAUCAAUGCAGCUUUCGGAGAUGGUGGCAUGGCAGAGGUUUACCCUGCAGGAUGGAUGAUGGGGAAACCCGCCGGUGCUGAGCCUGGGGCAAACCCUUCCCUCCCUGCGAGGGAAAUCGUCCCUCAGGGCAUUGAAUCUGGUCUGACUGAUGAGAAAUUGCUGGCGGCGGGCAAUGGAGGAGACGGCAAACCCAGCGCCGGCGCUGCGAGAAUGGCACGGGAGGAAGGAGCAGGGCAGGAGCUUGGUCUUCACCCAGCUGUAUCCUUUCCCAGCGGCUUCUCCCCGGAUCCGGCUGAGGGCUCCUCUAUGUAUUUCAGCGUGAGCACGGGAGGCAUCGCCUCGCCCGGCACGGGGACAGCCACAGCUACGUGCGUGGCCCUGGUGCAAAGGGACGGCGAAGCCCAACCUCCUCCAGGCUGCCCGGGAAGAGGAGGAGGAGGGGAUUUAUCCCUUGAGAUGGCGAGCAUCAGCCCAAUCCUGGGCGCUCGUGCCCACAAGCAUCUGCGGAGCAGCUCUUCCCUCGACGGCACAGGCGGCUGUGGGGUGCCGGGUCCCCCCAAAGAGGGCUCGGAGCUUGUGGGGCCGGAGGGUGCCCUCAGGGGGUGGCAUUGCCUUUGGGACACCCGCCCUCGUGGCACACAGGGGACCGUCGUGAGGAGCAAGCUGAGGCCGCCGUGCUUCACCUCCACCCCCAAGGCCGACCCUAGAUGCCCACAGCAAGGACUGGGGGAGCUGGGAGAGGGGACAGACAUGUCUGGAUUGCUGGAGUGA